AUGCAAAAUCAAAGUGAUCGCAAGACUGGCGAAAGUAAUCGUAUAGUUAUAAAAAAAAUUCGCAAUUUUUUGGAAAAUACGACAACACAUGGCAUACGACAUAUUUUUAUUGCAAGAAAUGCAUGUACUUCACGAUUAUGGAUGUUUGGAAUUACUCUAUGCUUUAUUAUACUUGUCAUACAAGCCUAUCAAUUACUAAUGAAAUUUACUCGUUAUGAAAAAAUAACCGAUAUUAAGCUCAAAUUUGAUAAUACACAAUUUCCUGCUGUUACGUUCUGCAAUUUAAAUCCGUAUAAAAAAAAUUUGGUUCGAUCAGUAUCAUCUGUUAAGGAUACGAUGGAUGUUUAUGAAAAUGCAAAAUUAUUUCCCAAAAGUCCUAUAAAGCAACAAUUAUCAAUUGGAACUAUUCUCAAACAAUCUAAUAAUCAGAAUAAAG